AUGCUGCGAUUUACUAUACGAGCAGCUACAAGUGCCUGUGUUGCAGUCACAGUUUUCGAUGUUGUUGGUCACCCUGCUGUCGUCACUGGAGCUUCGAUGGCCCCAACGUUGGAAGGAUCGGAUGCACGGUGGUGGCAUCGAGAUCUGGUCUGGCUCACUCCAUGGGGAGUAAAAAGGCCAAAAGUUGGAGAAGUUGUAACGUUUGUGUCGCCGAGGAAUCCGGAUAAAAUACACAUUAAACGUGUAACGGCUGUGGAAGGCGAUGUCGUAAGGCCAAAAAAUCGGAAUGAACUUCUUUUGAUACCUAAAGGCUGCUGUUGGAUGGAAAGUGAUAAUCCUGUGAAUGCUAAUGACAGCAAUAUAUACGGACCGGUAUGA